CAAAACGAGGCGAAGCCUGGGAGACGAAGCAAUUUCCCAAAUUGCGAAGGCCCGUAUUACUGUUAAAAGUUAUGUCAAAAAAACUAAAAUUAAAACCCUUAACCAAUACUGAACGCAGCCAAUUAUUGCGGGCCCAGCAAACCCACCACGGAAAUUUAUUGAAAAAAUGGGAGGAAGCUCGCCAAAUAAUCGGAAAAAUUACUUCGCAUUUGGGUAAACCCCGUGCCCGCAAAUAUUACCCUAAUCGCCCUGCUACCAGCACUGAAAGAAACCGCAAGAGGAGACGAAAAGAAAAAUUUCAGCGGGAGUUAGCCAAAAUUAGCCAGCAAGAGUUUUAUUAUUGUAAUAAAUGCGACCACGCACGCAAACAUGACAAUGCAAAUACUACCCAAAAACCUAAUGCAACGAAACACUAUUUUUAG